AUGGAUAAUCUUCUCAACGAAAUUGAAAGAUCAAAUGCAAUAUACAACUUAAGUGGUGUUGAUGCUGAUCAAAAUCAUGAAAAUGAGUUAGAAAGUGAUGAAUCUGAGUGCGAUGAAAUACACAAUGCAGAGCAAGAUGACUCAGAUUAUAGCACUGACAACGAUGAUGAACAUAUUCCAACUGCUCCUUGGUUUGAAACAGAAGAGAUUAAUGUUAAUUCAGAUAAACAAUCUGCAAUAAGUGCGAUAAAAGAAUAUCAUAUCAGAAGUUCUAGAAAUUUUCAUGUUGUGAAAAGUGAUACAACACGAUAUGAGGCAUCAUGUGUUAUGAAAGAUUGUCCAUGGAGAAUUCGAGUGAUGAGAUCAAAGAAAUCUGGGUUGUUUGUAACCACUAAACUACCUGCUGAACACACUUGUGUAUUGAUGACACUAGAACGAGAUCAUAAGAAACUAACGUCCAGAAUGAUUGCAGAUGUAAUAAAACUACAAGUUAUAGAUAGUCCUUAUCUGAAAGUAAGCAACAUCCGAAAUCAAAUUACAUCUAUGUACAACUAUCAUGUUAGUUACAAGAAAGCAUGGAUCGGAAAGCAAAAAGCAAUAUCAGAUGUUUAUGGCGAUUGGAUGACUUCUUACGCUAAACUUCCUAUAUUUUUUAGCGCUUUGAUACAUUUUAAUCCAGGAACAAUUGCUUUCAUUGAUGCUGAAGCUCAUAGUACAAAACCCAACACAUCUGUGUGCAAACGUAUUUGGUGGGGAUUUAAAUCAAUGAUUGAUGGAUGGCAGCAUGCUCCGCCUGUUAUUAGCAUCGAUGGUACUUUUCUAAAAGGAAAAUACAAUGGGAAAUUAUUGAUUGCAAUGGGUUAUGAUUCAAAUAAUCAACAAUAUCCCAUUGCAUAUGCCUUAGUUCAUGAAGAGACAACCGUCAAUUGGUCUUGGUUUCUACAUCAUCUCCGACUAUAUGUUUGUCAAAAUAGAAAGAGUGUAUGCAUUAUUUCUGAUCAACAUGCUGGAAUUAUUGAAGCCAUGAAAAUGGUAGAAAGUGGUUUCACCGGUAAGUGGGGUAUACAUCGAUUUUGUUUGUUGCAUUUACGCAGUAAUUUCUGUUCAGCUUUUCUAGGCGCACAUUUGAAGAUGCUCUGUUGGAUGGUCGGAAGUACUUCUCAGGUACGAAAAUUUGAAGCAGCAAUGACGCAAAUUAAAGAAAUUAAUCUUGAUGCAGAAAUAUGGUUGCGAAAGAUUCCACUAGAAAUGUGGACUAUGUCAAGAGAAUUAUUUGAAACUGUUGAGAAAAAAACAUCAUCACACAAGGUUAUUCCAUACAAUGAACAAAGAGGAGUCUUCGAAAUCGUUACUGCACAAUAUAGAACCAUAAAUAGAUAUUGGAAGGGUGGUAACAAACAUAAUGUGGAUUUAUAUAGAGGUUUUGCUCUUGUGGAAAAUGGAAUAGAUAUCAUUUUCCAUGUUCACAUAUUAUGGAAGGUUGUUUGA